AUGAGCGCGACGGAGGUCCUCCGUCUCCCUACGUGCGGCAUCGAUGCGUUUUUGAAUGGUUGCCUUCUGCCGCCGCAGGUUAUCCUGGUCCUGCCGGAUGUCGUCAUUCUGCUGCACGAGGCGGCGCAGCUCCUUGAAGUCGUUGUCGCGCACACGGUGGGUCCGCUGCUCCUCGGCACGGAGCUCCACCGCCUUCUUCUCAGCCUCCAGAAUUUCCUUCCGCACCUCACGGUGCCGCUCAUUGAGUGCCUCCGUUGUGUCCACUGCGUCAUCGUACGACUGCUGCGUGUGGUACAACUGCCGCUCCGCCGUCUCAAUCUUUUGUGCCAGUGCCUGCCGCUUGUUCUGGUCUUCCUGCAGCUGUGCUCGGAGUAG